UUUGUGGUGAAUUUUUCUCCACCAAAAAAUGCUAUUAUUGAAGGUGCGUGUUCGGGCAUGCGCGCAUCCAUUGCGAGUCUGACGAUGAUGAACGCGCACAGGAGGGUAGCCUCGGUUCCUCCCUCCUUUCGAAUGUAGUAUGGAUUUUAGAUGGGUUGUCGAAAGGAUAAACAUUAACAUGACUUACUUAGUCUAUUAAACGGUGCAUGUUUAGUCUAUCACUAAGUGAAUUAAUUUACAUUAAAAAUAUAUAUAUAAAAUCCGUGCUUUUUAAGAUCAGAAUGCCGGAGUUUAUCUCUGUCGACGGGUUUAUCGCCGAGACCUUGGAGGACUAUAGCUCUCCAACAACCUCGUCCUUCACCACCAAAAUGUCAAGUUGUAGAAACGCAGUAGACCACAUCGAGGAGGCUUUGGACUGUGACAGAACAGUGUUGCAGAAAAUGAAGAAAGCUGCUAAAGCCAAGCAUGCUUCAGGUCAAGACCAUAUCUCCCAUCUGGAGCUGUACAUCAGUUCCAUGGAGAAACUGGUUGUGAAUUUUCACUCCAAUGGAGAUAAGGAAGUGGCCUCUGCCUUCACUAAGUUUGCUGAAUUUUCCAAAGAGCUGUUGACGCCAAUAAAAAACUUGUUAAAGAGCAUGCUGCACAACAUCAACUUCUUCCUGGACUCUCUAGUAAAAGGAGACCUGAAAGAGGUCAAAGGGGAUUUGAAAAAGCCGUUUGACAAAGCAUGGAGGGACUACGAAAAUAAAUUCACCAAGAUCGAAAAGGAGAAGCGGGAGCUAGCCAAGCAGUACGGCAUGGUGCGCACAGAGGUGAGCGGCGGAGAGAUUGCAGAGGAGAUGGAGAAGGAGCGCAGGAUGUUCCAGCUACAGAUGUGUGAGUACCUCAUCAAAGUGAACGAAAUCAAGACUAAGAAAGGUGUCGACCUGCUUCAGAAUCUCAUCAAGCACUAUCACUCCCAGUGCAAUUUCUUUCAGGAGUGCCUGGUGGCCACAGAGAAGCUCAAGCAGUAUAUUGACGAGCUCACAGGAGCGCUGGGCACUAUCAAACACAGACAGGACGAGGAGAAGAGACAACUCUGCUCUCUGAGAGACCAGCUCCGGCCCUCACUGCAGCCUGAGCUCAAAGAGGACUCUUUGAGCAAGCAGACAUUCUACAGCAUGCACCAGCUGCAAGGCAACAAACAUUAUGGCACAGAGAAAGCGGGAUAUCUCUACAAGAGAAGUGACGGGUUGAGAAAGAUGUGGCAGAAGAGGAAUUGCACUGUGCAGAACUGCUACCUAACUAUUGCACAUGGAACUCCCAACAAACCACCAGCCAAACUCAACCUGCUCACGUGCCAAGUCAAGCCCAGUCUGGAGGACAAGAAGUGCUUUGACCUCAUUUCUCAUAAUCGCACAUAUCACUUUCUUGCUGAUGAUGAGCCAGUGUGUGUUGCGUGGAUCUCAGUGCUGACCAACAGUAAGCAGAAAGCCCUUAACGUGGCUCUGGAUGAGCGGAAGUCCAGUGAAGACAACAGUGUUGAGGACCUGACCAGAGCCAUUACCGAGGAUAUCCGCCGCAUGCCCGGCAACAACAUGUGCUGUGACUGUGGGGCGCCAGACCCAACCUGGAUCUCCACAAACCUGGGCAUCCUGACAUGUAUCGAGUGCUCUGGGAUACACAGAGAGAUGGGCGUGCACUACUCCCGGAUCAAGUCUCUUUCCCUGGACAAGCUGGGUACCUCCGAGCUAAUGCUGGCAAAGAACAUGGGAAAUUCAGGCUUCAAUGAGAUAGUGGAAGCCAAUGUCAUGAGUCCCUCACUGAAACCCACGGCAGAAAGUGACAUGAUGGUGCGUAAGGACUUCAUCCUGUGUAAGUACAUGGAGUGUCAGUUUGCCCAGCACAGCAGCAGUUCCUUUUCCACUUUGAGAAGGAAUUUACAAGAGGCAGUGUGCAGCCGAGACAUCUUCAGCCUGCUCCAGCUCUAUGCCGUGAGACUGGACCUCAGCCAACCUCUGGCCAACCCGGUGCAGGAGAAAGGGGAAACUGCACUCCACCUGGCUGUCCUGCUGGCUGAUAGGACCUCGCUUCACAUUGUGGACUUUCUUGUUCACAACUGCAACAAUCUUGAUGUCCAGACUGCCAGGGGAAACAGUGCGUUGCAUUACUGUUGUCUGCACAACAGAACAGAGUGUCUUAAACUGCUUCUCCGAGCCAAGGCCAACAUACAUAACAAGAAUGAGGUGGGCGAGACUGGGCUGGAUAUUGCUAGCAGAUUAAAAAACACGCACUGUGAGGAGCUGAUCAACCAGUCCCAGAGUAACCAGUUCAACAUGCACGUGGAAUAUGAGUGGCAGCUGCGUCAGGAUGAUCUGGACGAGAGUGAUGAUGACCUGGACGACAAGACAGGUCCAGUAAAGAAGGGCCGCUCUUCUCGGCCCUUCAAUCUGUACCAGACCCACACCAGCUCCUCCACCCUGGACCGAGGAGGAGGUGGACUCUUCAGUGUGGGUCGCAGGCUAGCACUGGCCCACAAUCAGAAGCGGGAGGUGUACGCCAGUCCCAGCUCUCACACGCGCAGCCUUGACAGCCCCCUGCAAGCGUCUCUCCCUUCUAGAGUCAAAGCUCCAAAUGUCCCACCUCCUCCUCCCCCGGUUAGCCCACCAGUGGGCUGGGGUGAUGUCAUCAUCCCCACCACAAGUAGCAGCAGUAGCAGCAAGAAGAGGACCCCCCCUCCGCCUUUGGUUAUUCGCCACAAGCGCACCUACUCAGAGCCCACCCCCCAAGUGCCCCACAGCCCCCAUUCCUCCCGACAGAUCCACGCAGAUUAUGGGGUACCAUCAAAUUCAAAAGGCUACAGUGGUCCAGAGUCAUCCUUUCAGAAGUGUGUCUCAGGGUCUCCAAAAUACUCUGUGACUGCCCUUAACUCCCUAUCUGAACUGCCGGAGAGAGGAUUCCGCGCAGAUGGAGAGAGCAAAAAGUCCCACUUUGUCUAUCAGAUGCCUCAGCCCAGCAGCAGACACCCUCCUCUAAACUCCCCCAUGGCCCCCCGCUCCAUCAGCCUGCAGUCCAAUGGGGCCUCCUCCCACCAAGGCGAUCCCCCACACCCCAUGCCCAGGAGAGCACUGCCCAAGCCAAAAGUGAUGCGGGUCCAAGCCAUCUAUGGCUGUGUGGGUGACCACCAUGAUGAGCUCACUUUCAACGAGGGUGAGGUAUUGGUUGUGCUUGGAGAGGACGAUGCUGAUUGGUGGCAUGGAUACGUUGAGGGCCAGCCAAACAAGAAAGGCCUGUUCCCUUCAUCUUUCGUCCAUUUGUUGUCUGACUGACAAGCCAAAAUCUGGAGGACAUGUUCUGUAAAGUAACCUGGCAACCUUGCCACCCUUCCCAAUGACUUCAGGACCAAGCUCAAACUUAUUCCAUACCUUACCUAAUUGUUAACCUAAAGAUGUAGGGGCUACCGGACCUGGGCUCAGACAUUCCUUUGAGUUGUUAGGGGACCUUUUUUCCUGAACAAUGUCUGUUUUUUCUGGUUGUAUUUUGCUUUUCGUGUGUUGUGUAUUUUAAAUGGAUAUAUAUGAAUGUGUAGUUUAAUGUGUUUUGUGUAUUUUGAUGUGUAUUGUGCUAUACAAGGCUCAUCUGGAAAAGAGACCUUGGUUUCAGCAAUGACUCCCUAAUCAAAAUAAAGGUACAAAUAUUAAGAUACCCAAGGAUCAUGGUGCACUCCGGGAACUUUGGUUCUGAUCAUGAAUGUACGCCGAUGGAGAGAACAUUGUUUGAACAUCACCGCUCAAGUUCUCCUCAUCUUGGGGAAGCCAUAUGUUUACAUUUUUUGCUUUGUUUUUUUGUGUGACUAAAUCUUUAUUCAUUUUAU